GGGCGGCCGUUGGGGCGCGCGCGCGCUCGCGCCGGCGGCACCUCCCGUCCYCUCCCUCAGUCCCGCUCGGUGGCCGCGGCGGCAGCAUCGGCGGUGCCGGUCUGGGCAGAGGUGCCUCUUUCUCCUCCUCCGCCUCAGCUCCGCUAUUUCCCGGGCACGAUGCAGUUUAUGUUGCUUUUUAGUCGCCAGGGGAAACUGAGACUCCAGAAGUGGUAUGUCCCAUUAUCUGACAAAGAAAAGAAGAAAAUCACAAGGGAACUUGUUCAAACAGUAUUAGCCCGCAAACCGAAAAUGUGCAGCUUCUUGGAAUGGAGAGACCUGAAGAUUGUCUACAAAAGAUAUGCAAGCCUCUAUUUCUGCUGUGCUAUUGAAGAUCAGGACAAUGAGCUAAUAACUCUGGAAAUAAUUCAUCGCUAUGUAGAACUUCUGGACAAGUAUUUUGGCAGUGUGUGUGAACUUGAUAUCAUCUUCAAUUUUGAAAAAGCCUAUUUCAUUCUGGAUGAGUUCCUUUUAGGAGGGGAAGUUCAGGAGACUUCCAAGAAAAAUGUUCUUAAAGCCAUCGAACAAGCAGAUCUUUUACAGGAGGAAGCAGAGACCCCACGUAGUGUACUUGAAGAAAUUGGAUUGACAUAAAUCUUCUCUUCAGCUGAUGCCAUCUCAGUGUUUCAUACUGUAAAUGUUCACUGCCUUCAUUGUAAUGUUUAGCUAAUGGUGUAAGAUGCUGUUUGUCAGUAUUACUGUUCUGCUAAGCUGCUUCGUUCAGGCCUACAAGAAAAAUACUUUUUUUUUUGAAAAGGGAACAAGAAACCUAAGUUCAAAAUUUAUAAAUGAAAGAGAAUUAGAUUUAAAUUGACUCAGUGUUUCCCUUCACUGCAUUUAUAGGAAAAUUGCAUUUGACUUUGAAAAGUGUACUGUUUUUUAUAAGCAAACUUGACUUCAGGAAAUAAAUGUAUUAUGAUGACAUAAGCAUAGCCUAUCUAAAUGAAAAAAAAAACUACAUGGACAACUCCAAAUAUGAAAUGUUACGGUGUAGAAAUUGUGUUUAUGCAACCAAAGAAAUUGUUCAUCUACAUUUUAGUUGCCACUCGUGAUUAUUCCACUUAUUUCAGUUGUUGCAUAAAGAUUCAAAAUAUCUGUUUACYACUGAAUUUGUCAUUAUACCAAAGAAUCCUGCCAGGAUCUACAUAUCAAACUGGUAAAAACUGUUAAGGUGAUAACUGCUUUUUGCAAGAAAACUGAUCAACUUCCUAGACAUGAAGGUGUAUUUUAGUGUAGCUACCUUGAGUAAAACUGUGCAAGUUACUAYACUCAAAAGGGAAUGCAUGUAGGAAAAAAGAACAACCCAGACCGAAUAAGGAAACUGUUUUUAGGUCUGAUAUUAGCUUGCUUUGACCAUGAACACAAGAAAGGUCAACUUGCUAACUGAAUAGAGAGAUGCAUAAUGAAAAUUGGAUACUUUCCAAGAUGGGAAAGAAGCUUUACAAAAGGGACCUUUUAUUAUUUUCUUUCGAAGUCUACUAAUUAAUUUGUAUUUAUUGGUGUUUUAUAGUUAUGCUUUAUUGAGUGUAUAGGUACCUUUAGGACACACUAAGUGUCAAUGUCAUUUAACUGCUUUUCUUGAUCAACACCUUAAACAUGUGACACAUCCCUUACAAAACUCUUGUGUGAUGUACAAUUGAACCAACUAAUUUGCAGUGAGAGUUCUUAAACAUUAGAUUUGUAUAGUAUAUUCACUACAAAUCAUGUAAACUGAUAUCCCGUAAUAUUUUGACACUUUGAGCAGACUUUCAGUAAUUACUAACUAAGCCUGUUUCACUUGAGGAAAUAUGAUCCAUGUGUGGUUUUGACGAGACAGUGGGAGUCUACACCUGGGAGUCGCCAAGUUCUGUUGCCUGUCCUCAUGGAAGGGGGAUUGUCUCUUCCCUCACCACCCAGACUUCCACUGGGAUUUUUGGUUUGUUCGCCUGAGUAGUGCCAUGUUUUCACAAAGCUUAGCUCUGGCAGUGCUGCUGGAGAGUGGGCUGAGUAGCACCCAGCCCAAGGAGAAGUGCAGCGUUGUUGUCACUUGCAGGGCCCCUGAUCCAGACCCCAGCAUAAAUACUCAUGGGGCUGGGCUGUGUGUGCCACUCCUGUGGCAGUGCCAGGGUGCUGUCUGUGAACUAAAGCCAUGAGAAUUUUCUAGAAUUUACACAUAGAGAUUCCAGAGUACCAGAGACUGUUUUUGUCCCAGGGCAUUUCCCCAGUGCACAGCAGGCAGGGAUAGAUGAGGGUAGAAUAGUAGUGUAAGGACCCUGUAUGUGAGACUGGGGUGGUAAAAUUGAUUUAAGUCAAACCAGAAGCAAUUUUGUAUGUAUUAAACAUGUUUUUAAAGUUUACACUGUCACUUGUAUGUGCUUGGCUGGAU